AUGCAGAAGCAAGAGGAGGUGCUGUCGCGCCUGCGCCCGAUAUUCGACAUAUUUUUGCGCGAGAACUUUUCCACUACCAACAAUGUUUACUUUGAGAAGCUCCUCACGCACUUGCAGGCCAAGGAGAACGCGUUUGUGCUGCAGGCCCCAUUUGUGGUGGACUGGGUGGACAGAUGCAUCACUGCGGUGACCGAGGACUUCAACAAGAUCCACCCGAAGGUUGUGUCUUUUAUGCUGAAUCUGACCAGCUAUCUGGCGAACAACGAGUGGAUGAUUGUGCGCCUGCGGGAACUGGAUAUAGUAAACAGAGCUGUUAAACUCCUGCAGGGGGAGCACAACUUCAGUCCCUCGGUAAAGCUGGGUGGCAUUCGCCUAAUGAAGUCCAUCACCGUUUACAGCAUGGGACUGGCAUUCCUGCGAAUGCACCGCAUCUGGACCCUGCUAAUCCAGUACUCCAACAACGAUCAUACCCUGUACGUGGUGCGGGAGGCCCGGCAGGUUCUCUUCAAUAUGCUGUACAAGUCCUGCGACAAGCUUCACGACAAGGCCGUCACUCUGGAGAUUCUCGCCGAGAUCAUGAAACCGAUCCACGACAAUCUGUACAAAAACUCCGACAGCGAGGAGCGCAUCCACAUCAAGGUGGACGACAACGAACUGCUGCACAAGAUCUCCGCCACCCUGGACCUGCUCUCCUACAUCCUGCAGCAGACGCUGGUGCACGAAGAGCGCACCAGUCUGAUUGCCCUGCUCAAAGAGUAUCAUGACUUCGAGAUAACCAUUUGGAAGCUUAUCGAUAUGACUCACAACCCGUACUUUAUUGAGAAGAUCUUCACCACGCUGAGCAGCUACAACUUUGCCCUGCUGAUGCACGAAAAGUUGCUGAAUCCGGAUGCCACCGAGCCCCCGGAGGAGUUCACCGAGUUCGGAUUGGCGUUCUUCAAUCUCAUGAAAUUCUUCAUCACCCGCAAAGACGGCGAGAGCUUUGUUAAGUUGGCGGAACUAAACCAUGUGUUGUGGAAAAAGCUGGGCCCUCGGGCACCCAAGGAAAUUGUCAUCCAACAAGAGCGGGUGACUUUCGAGAACCAGCUUAUUUGCUUCCACAUGCUGCCGCUGCUUUUCUCCAUGAAGUAUGCCCAGAAGAUCGCUGACGAGGAGAACAAGGUGGAGCUUUUCGACGCCUAUGUCGUGAAGUUGCUGGAGAUCUCCUGCGAACAGACCCUGCGACUUUGUUACACCAUGCGGGAUACCUUCUUUACGGCGGACGGUAUGGCAGUGGGUCUUGUGACGGCCGGGCUGGCCAACAAAUGCAUUCACAGCCUGCUGGCCCUGGAGAAUGUUCUCGACCGGGAGCAGGCGGUUACUGUGUGCCAGGCUCUGCUCUACGUACUCCGCGAAGCAGUGGCCCUGAGUGUCAUUACGAACAACGCCCAGGAUGACUGCCACAGCGUGAGCAGCGCGGGCAGCUCGUACCUGGAAAUGUAUCCGCGCGGCACCGAGCAGGUUGUUAACGAUCCAAAGGUUCUACACUCAGUCAUGGUGGGUCUGCGCACCCUUAUCGAACGCUUCAAGAUCACGUGGAAGGAGUCGGUGGAGACUAUUGGCCUCGUCAAUUGUCUGGCUUUUGUCCUGGAAAACACAAACAUGGAUGCUAGGUGCACUGUCCAGGCGCUGAAGCUCGUCCAGCUGGCUGUGGAGCACUUCCUUUCUCCAAACAUGGCUCUGUUAGUGGACAACUUGCAGGGCUCCGCGUUGGUCUGCCUGGGUCCCAUUAUCGUAAAGCGAAUGCACGACACGAUGUGGGAGGUGCGUGACACAACGUUGGAGCUCACCACCUCUAUAGCUAAUAUCUCGCGCAUCAAGUUUCCCGCCUUUCAACGGUUUCUAAUCGACUCAAAGAUACCGCCUAUAGUAUACGAAAUGGCUAAGAAUGAUUCGGAAGUCUACGUCAGAGCCUCUGCUUUCAAAUGUCUAUCACAAAUGGUCUCCAUAAACCUGUUGUGGGAAAAUGGACUUAGCCAACUCGAUCUAGUGGACCAUCUUCUGUAUGUGAUGUACCGUGAGAACGAUGAUAUUGUGCGAGCCGAGGCCGUCAUCACUCUGAUGAAAAUCUACGAACACCGCAAAAUCCACGAGAAGUAUAAGAACACGCUCUUCUCAACCCUCAACUACUGUGUAGUCGGGGAUCAUCACACGGAGGUGAAGCUAAAUGCGCUGAAUUUCUGGCGACGAGAGUUCUACCGUCAGUUCAGCAACCAGGGUAUGAUCGAUGGCUCUUUUCCCACAGUGACCUUCUCAAAGGAGCAGAAAAAGAUCGUCACACUGACGGAGAAAGAGAUCCAGACUAGCAUUGCCAAAGUAUUUGGCGGUGUCCAGCAGUACGGAUAUUUUGGCAUCCUACUCAAGUGUUUGCGGGAGGAGACUUCAAUGGAAGUGCUAGAGUUCCUCAUUAAGGGUGUCAAGAUAAUGACGGAAAAGUUCGAGCGCUACAAGGGCAUAAUGGACGAGAUCGAGAUGAGGUCGCCGCUUUUAGACAGCGAUCGUCCGACAUUCAGUUUCCCUUCUGAAGCCCAGCCAACUCCAAUUCCACAAUCACCAGUCAAUCCCACCGAAGCGGACGAAGUCAUCGAGUCCAUUCUGAACUCGCAAGAUUCCCAGCUUUUGGAGAAGGCGUUUGAGACCCAGAUGCAGAUAAACGACGAGGCGGAAACGGCGGAGAAGCGACACAUCGAUGAGUUCUACUACAAGCAGUUUGCGGUGCCGUUGCGACAGUUCUUCGAGGAACUGAAGUCCAUCGACCUGGACCAGUUGGUCAAGCAACAUCAGGAGUGGUUCGAGUGCAAGGAGAAUUUCACCUCCCUGCUGGAUGACAUCCUCGGUGCGUUAAAGCGCGACGAUGAGAACAUGAUUUCGGACUGUUACUAGUUCCGGGCUAAGCCGAUUGCAAGUCAAACCCCCUCUGUGAAGUAAGCUUAAAGUGUUUUUCCUUGAAAUAGAAAAUAUUUUUGAUAACUAUGUUAGUGUUGCACAUGAAAUGAGAUUUUAUUCCGCUGCCGCAGUCGAAAAAUAAAGAAAAUG